UUCCCUGCAGCCUGUCUGUCUGUGAGAGAGUGUUGUUUUGUGUGCUUGUGGAAAAACUGGAACGUGUGUCGAGUUCCUUUCUUUAAACAAAGAUCCUCGACUCGUGUGUGUGUGUUUGUGUGUAUGAGAGCGCAUGCGACUAACUUAAUCCGCACUUUUUUGUUUGCACUCAUAAAAGCAAGAUAUUUAUUUUUAUUUAUUUGAAAAGCAAUCAKUAAUUCUGAGCCAAAAAAACUAGACCGACAAUCUUUGGCUUCGUGCAGUCGACCCUGGACUUCCUACCUGUUUCCUUCCAGUUAGCUACUUUUAGUUUAUUUUAGUAGAGAGAAGAUGUCCACUGACUGCCAAAAGACAACAGCCAAGGCCAUUCCGUCCACCAGGAGAGUGGCCGUCAACGAUGCAGAUCACAUGCCCCAGGACUACUCUACUACCCCAGGGGGGACCCUGUUUAGCACCACGCCGGGUGGUACCAGGAUCAUCUAUGACCGAAAGUUCCUGUUGGAGUGUCGCAGCUCUCCGUUGGCCAGGACACCUCCUCGAGGUCUUCCCACCAUUCCAGGGGUGACCAGUCCUCCCGCUAAAAAGCCUGACGCAAAAACCCUGAACGGAGAAGUGCUGAACAACAACUCAGCUGCUGCGGCCGACUCGAGCAACGCUGGUGAGGAUGCACAGUUUGAAAUGGACAUCUAGUUGGAGCUGAACACUAUGAAGGGAGGCUCAGGAGGAUCCUCUUAUUUCCCAUCAUAAUGUCUGUGUGAGACACAGUUCUCCUUCGUGAUCAUGUUUUCCUGUCAACUGUUUUUAAGCCGUAUUUUAUUUAGUUUUUUUACCAGAACAAACCUGUUUUUUUUUCAUUACCUCAAAGCCUAUAUUUUGCACGCGACAAAAGUGUGCCUUCCUGUAGUGGCUACAAGUUUCAAAUCCUCACUGACGAGUACUAAACACCAGCAAAUGCCUCAUCACUCAGAGAUGUGACAAACUGAAGUGAAUGAAGAUCUACUUUCUCUGAAUUUAUGACCAUUCCAGAAGGUUUUGUCACUUCAUGGGCUUUCAUUUCCCUCCACCUCUCCUCAGAUACUGCCUUCAAAUGUUCAAGGAACAAAUUUAAUUUGUUAAUUUCUUAAGAAGACAKUCUGUCCACCUGAAGUGUUAAACAAAGAAUGUACGAUGAUGGACUGUUUUUUAAAGGUAUGAAACAACUCACUCACAGUUUGGAGAGUGACCAACAUUAAAACAAACACAAGUACCACCAA